UCCUCCGAGGCCCCGCUCUGCGUCACCAUCCGCUUCUCAGCCUCCAUCCCCGACCUCCCGCUCGACAUCUUCUCCCCGGAGACCACCACCUCCGCCGGCCUGAAACAGCUUAUCCGCACGCGCCUCCCACCGAAUCUCUCAUCUCACCGUCUCCGUCUAAUCUACGCCGGCCGCGGCCUCGAAGACACCACCCCGCUAGCCGCAUCCCUCAAACUCCCACCCCCGUCCUCAUCCUCCGCGCGCUCCACCCCCCGGCCCCCCGCCGCCGCCGCCGACGACAACGAUGCAUCCACACCCUCAAAGGGCAAAGGCAAAGCCCCCGUCCGCGACCAGCCCCGCCUAUACAUCCACUGCUCGAUCGGCGACAUUGUCCUCUCCGCCGCCGACCUCGACGCCGAAGCAAGCCUGGCGUCCACCCUCCAACAGGAGUCGCAGUCAGGAACAGAAGAAAGCGACAGCGAUGCCCGGCGGCGCACGAACCAGACCUUAGCCUCAUCAUCAUCGUCGCCAUCGGGAGUACAGUCCGCGACGACGACGCCCGCGCCCAGGGGCUUCGACCGGCUGCUGGCGGCGGGGUUCACGCCCGCCGAGGUGACGGCGCUGCGGUCGCAGUUCAUGGCCAUCCAGGCAGUCUCGCGGACGCCAGAUACGAUGCCCUCUGGGGCGGAACUGCGGGAGUUGGAGGAUCGGUGGAUGGAUGAGGGCUCGUCGGCCAUGGCGGCCGGGGCGGCUGGUGGUGUUGCUGGUGGUGGGCCCGGGGAGGGAAUCUCGUUUGCGGACGACGAUGGUGGGUUUGGGCCCGGCUCUCGCGGGGCCAUGGAUGAUAUGCUUUGGGGCGCGGUCAUGGGGUUCUUCUGGCCUGUGGGUUGUGCGAUGUGGUUGAGGCGCGAGGAGGGCGUCUGGAGUUGGCGGAAGGGGUUGGCCGUGUUUGUUGGCGUCGUGGUUAAUGUUGCCUUUGGGGCGAUGCGGAUUAUG